ACUGAGUAAAGUACACCUCAACCAGCUUACUUACUAAACCAGAAACGUGGAGUUGAUAAUGUUUUCGUGAGAAUGGCCCGUCUACGAUAUGCCACUGAUCAAGACAAGUCUGUUCUGCUGAAUAACUUUGAGGCCAGAGGAUGGAUUCAAGUGAAUUCCGAUGAUGACUGGAAUUUCUAUUGGGCCAAUGUACAGAACGUGAAGACUGUGUUUAGUGUAGAGUCUGGCUACAGGCUAGGGGACGAUCAAGUGAUCAACCAUUUCCCUAAUCAUGUGGAGCUCACAAGGAAAGACUUGAUGGUGAAGAACAUUAAGAGAUACAGGAAGGAGCUGGACAAAGAGGGGAAUCCCCUGGCUGAGAAAGAUGAAUUUGGUCGCUACAUUCAUUUUGAUUUUAUCCCACAGACCUUCAUGUUGCCAGCAGACUAUAAUCUGUUUGUGGAGGAGUUCAGGAAGAAUCCUAACAUUCCCUGGAUUAUGAAGCCCUGUGGGAAAGCUCGAGGUAUUGGCAUUUUUUUGGUGAACAAGCUUUCACAGUUGAAGAAGUGGUCAAGAGACAGUAAAACAAGCAAAUCUGCAUUACAGAGCUUUGCUCCACCAACUGCUAAGGAUACGUAUGUGAUCUCUAAAUACAUCGACAACCCACUGUUGAUAGGAGGGAAGAAGUUUGAUCUACGCCUCUAUGUUCUUGUUACAUCUUUCAGGCCUUUGAAGUGUUAUAUGUAUCGCCUGGGCUUCUGCAGGUUCUGUACAGUCAAGUACAACGCUUCUAUGAAUGAGCUGGACAACAUGUUUGUUCAUCUGACUAACGUGUCCAUUCAAAAACAUGGGGAAGACUACAAUGCUGUUCACGGAGGAAAGUGGACAGUGGAAAACCUAAGGCUGUUCAUUGAGAGCUCCAGAGGAAAAGAAGUUUCUGACAAGCUCUUUGAUGAUAUCUACUGGUGUAUUGUUCAUUCCCUCAAAGCAGUCUCUGGGGUUAUUGCUAAUGACAGACAUUGUUUUGAAUGUUAUGGAUAUGACAUUAUUAUUGAUGACAACCUGAAGCCUUGGCUAAUAGAGGUGAAUGCCUCUCCAUCCCUGACGGCCACCACAUCCAGUGACAGAAUCAUGAAAUACAACCUCAUAAAUGAUGUCAUCAACAUUGUCAUCCCAAAAGGGGAAACACCAGAUGUUCGGUGGAGCAGGAUUCCAGCAAAAGAUGCCUUGGGAAAUUUUGAUAUUCUGUAUGAUGAAGAAUUGGCUCAGUCUGAUGGCCCGGGUCAGGAUAUGAGGGGGAAGCCUGGGAUGGGUGGUAUGAACGCCAGACUGGGCCGCGAAUUAAAGAGACAAACGUUGGCUACGUGGAAGUGAGACCCAGACAGCCAAUGAGAAAGAAGUCUUGUAUUUCAAACGAAACAUCGCAUGGAAGUUUUGUAUAAAACCUACACUGGAUUGGUUGUUCAGAUGAAUCAGUUAGCUAGCAGACAUGACUCCAUCUUAACAUGUUUAGUAUGUAUUAUACAAAACUAUUUAUACUUCACCAUCUUAGUGUGGUGGGGUGAUUUGUAUGUCAUUUUUUUCAUAGCUGUACUUGUAAAUAACAUUGACUUAAAGGGCCGUAAUUACAAUGUCAUGUAGGAAAACUGCAACUCUUUUUUAUACAACCCACAAAACUUAUAAUCAUAAUUCUCGUACAGAGACUAGCUGAUAUAUGUACAAGAAUUUAAUUUAUUUUUCCAAACAAUAUAAAAAAUA